UUAAACAAGGGCCUUCUUGAACAAUUCGUUAACUUCUGGCCUUCUUCCGAAAAAUAAGCGGUAUCCUUGUUUCUGGCUAAGUGUGUCAAUAAUGUCAGCCGUGGGGCCGGGCGGACUUAAUAGUUUUUAAGUUAAGUAGUUCUCGUGCCUUUGUUUCUAAUGUGCUUAUGUUAAGAGCCUGACAACUCUUUGAAAGAUCGUUGGGUUCAGAUCUAACGAGGGAAGGUCAGGAAACAGCAAGGGACAAGUCUGAUGCCAAAAAAUCGUUCAAGUGAAUCAAUUGAGAUGGAGAUUACAAUAUUAUUUGAUCAGUGAGUGGCUCUCUUAAUUGGACGAAAGCGGAAUCAUUCGUAAGGAACUGACCCUUAACAGUGUUGAACAUUGGUUGCGAAAUUACUUCGAUUGAUAUGUAGAAAUGGGGGUGACAGAUUCAAAAGAGAGACAAGCUGACUCUGAGGAAAACUCGACAUCGAGAGAUAGUGAAAUACAACCUACACUUCUUCCUCUGGGCAGACUCGUUCGAGUUCAUUUAGCACCAAAGUUUUACACUUCGGAAGAGAGAGGCUUUACAAGAAGCUACUGUUUGCUAGUCACUUUACAAAGAGAGGUGAAUGCAUACAAAGCUAGUGUCCAACAUGAACGAGAUCUAACGGCAAAUGUUGAGUUUCACGAGAGAAGACGAAGUCUCCGAGAGGGUUCUCUGUUUUUCGGUCGCGAAGCGCUGUCUCUAAGACGAGCGAACUCAGUUACUAUAAACUCCAUAAACGGAUCGGAUAUCGAAGUGAAGCAAGUCACUGUGGAAGAAAAUGAUUCUCUCAGAAUUGUGGGUGUUUUCAAGAAGGAUUUGAGAAGCACCGUUGACUUAGAAAGCUGCGAUACAUUUGACCUUAUACUAUGUCCAAGCAGUAGAAUAAGGAGUGACUGCUCCGACUGGUUUCUGCUGGGGACAAUGUAUACAAAACGCGCAAACUCUAAACAUGCAAGACAUUGGCGAGCCGCAGUGAGGGCUGAUUACACCUGACCGGUUGCCAGAUAAAUAAUCUAUUUGCAAUAUGAUACUAAUUCUAUCAACUCAGAAAUUACCUUCAUUUUCUGGGUAAGUGCCAUUCAAAGGUCUGCUCACUCUUAAAAACAAACAUGACCUCUUUAAUUCGUCUAGUUUAGUUCGCAAUUUAUUACCAAAUGAUACAUUCCAAUUGAUACAAAUGAUACAUUACAAUUUUGAGAUUACGUACCAAGUUCAUUCUUUUUUCCUUAAUCGAAAAGAUUCCUUGCGAGACUUCGACAAAUCGAGGGUAUACGACCACAAAAUUGAAACAACGGUUUUAACGUAAAUAUGAGUAAAACAUCGAAAAAAUUAACCAUUCAUUCCGCAUGAGUCGUUCAAAAGAAUACCUUUCAGUUUUCCAAAAAUAUUCAGAAAAUUUUGCAUAAAAUGUCCACUGAUUGGUUUCGAAUGUGCCAAACACAAUCUAUGUUUUCUUAUUAAUCCUCUUAAAAGUUGUACCCGAGAUGGUUGGAAUUUUAAUGCAUAUCGUAUUCAGAAAAUUUUGCAUUAAAUGUCCACUGAUUGUUUUCGAAUGUGCCAAACACAAUCUAUGUUUUCUUAUUAAUCCUCUUAAAAGUUGUACCCGAGAUAGUUAGAAUUUCAAUGCAUAUCGUUUUCAAAAUAGUAAUGUUACCAGAAUAAUCAUCAUAUCAUUAGAGUGUGCUAACUCUUUUAGUUACUACUUCAUUAAAGCAAUCUGUUUGUUCGAGGACAAACAAAAAUUCUAAAGAAUGCCUUUAACCUCGACUCGAGACAAUAUAAACUAUUUUUUUCUGAACAAAACAAAGCCGUGGAACUUACUUGCCAUCUGAUAAUCCAGGCUGAUUUUCUGUUGUAAGGAGGGAAACGAAUAUGUUACAAGAUCUCAGAUAGGAUAAUUUUAAAGUAAGCUUUUCUUUAGUUUUAAGCAUAAAACGACAGAAAUGAAAAAAUAAAUUUAUUGAUAAGUUAUACGCAAACGCAAAAAUAAAGUAACAAU